AUCGACGAAAGGUCAGAACUAGCCAUGAUAGCCAACGAAUUAGAAGACGCUACAGAGUCCAACAAGGAGAAAAAGGCCCAAAAAGAAAAGGAAGAGUUGGAGCGCUCGUCAGUGCUCCACUCAGGCAUUCCAGUGCCCGCAAACUCCGAGCUAUUGAACACCAACACUGCGUUAGCUGCAUACAAAAACCUCUCGAGAGACUAUCCCCCACUAGCCAUCCUAGCACAUGCGCAUCUUGCUGCUUUGCCCUUGCCAAUUGUUGCUUCGGAUAUUCUCCCUCCCAGAAUCCAGUUGUUGAUCAAUACCCUACCUACGUUGGACAAUUUGGCCACACAGUUGUUGAGAAUCAUUGCGGUUGGACCUUACCAAAAGAUUAUCGACUUGGCUUCCAACCAAGAAACCCCCGAGGGUGCAACCUUCCGAGACCUUACAUCGUUGUUCGAGUUCACCAAGAGAUUAUAUUCAGAAGAAGAUCCGUUUUUGACUGUGGAGCACUUAGCUCCAGGAAUGUGGAAAGAAGGAGAGAAGACACCCAGCAUGUUCCGCAACAGAGAACAGAGCAUUGAGUCAACGUUGAGAAAAGUCAACUUGGCAACUUUCCUCGCAGCCACCUUGGGUACGAUCGAGGUGGGUUUUUUCUACUUGAAUGAGUCGUUCUUGGACGUAUUUUGUCCCGUCAACAACUUGGACGUGGAAAACUCGUUGAGCAACAUGAGCAGCUUCAAUAUGAGCCUCCAGAGCGGCAUCAACACUACGGUGGGCGAACGGGUAGGAAAGCUUUUGAAGCCUCAGGCAGUAUUGUUUUUGGAAUUGAAAACGCAGGCGUACAUCUCUGCCAUUGAUGCAGGAGAGAGAUCCAGAGAAGAGAUAUUGGAGGACAUUUUGCCUCACAACCUCGAAGAAAUCUUGCUUUCCAGAAGAGGCUCGAAGGCAUUGACACCAACGGAAAUGGAUUUUGUUGAGCGUUGCAACACCCGCAAACAGACGUUAUUGAACUACGAAGGUACCAGUUUGAGUGAAGAGUACGAAUGGUUCAAUUUCAUCAAGGAGUUGUUCGAUUACGUGGGCAAGAACAUGGGCUACAUUAUCUGGGGCAAGAAGGGCAAGAGCAGAGACCGUGAAACCACUCCACACAGCAGGGAAAUAAUGGCUAGGACCGAGGAGCAAGCCUACACCACUACGCUGGUACCACAGGCUGGGUCCUUGGAAACUACUGGCAAGAACACUUCCCAAGCACCAUCAAAUGUUUCUAGCUACACACCUACGAGCACCACCAGCAAUGCGCUGGAUGAGUACACCAAUAUCAACAGCCUUCUUCCGUCAGAAAUUCUCGAACAGCAGAUUCAUCUCCGGAUCAACCCUACUACCAAAAACCUCAACAGACGGCCAUGGACUCGUGAAGAAGAAAAGGCACUUCGUCACGCUCUUGAGCUCAAGGGCCCCCAAUGGUCGAUAAUUCUCGAGUUAUUCGGAAAUGGAGGUAAGAUUUCCGAGGCAUUGAAGAACAGAACCCAGGUCCAGCUCAAAGACAAGGCACGGAACUGGAAGAUGUUCUUUUUGAAGAGUGGUCUCCCAGUGCCAGCAUAUUUGCAGAGAGUUACUGGAGACUUAGAGAGAGACGAGAAGAAGUCUUCGAGACAGGCUAGGCGAGACAAGACAGCGGCCGCACCAGUGCCCAGCAUU